ACCGGAACCUGUCUCUUGGGAACCUGGUCACCCUCUGAGCUAGUGGGCUUCACUUCCUGGUGUGAAAAGAAGUGGCUGCAUAGGACCAGUGCAUGGGAUGGCGCUCUCCUUACACUGAGGGAAUCUAGGUAUGCCCAGAGCCUUGCUUAUCUGUGAGGGAAGGCAAGGGAGAAGAUGGAGUCAGAGCCCCUUUACAACCUGCUGCAGCUCCCGAAGGAGGUGGAUCCGCCCACAGAGGAGGAGCUCCCACGAGGAGGAAAGAAGAAAUACCUGUCCCCCAGUUCCCGGAGGGACCCCAAGUUUGAAGAACUGCAGAAGGUGCUGAUGGAGUGGAUCAAUGCCACGCUCCUCCCGGAGCACAUCGUGGUCCGCAGCCUGGAGGAGGACAUGUUUGAUGGACUCAUUUUGCACCACCUGUUCCAGAAGCUGGCAGCCCUCAAACUGGAAGUGGAGGAAAUUUCUCUGACCUCAGCCAGCCAGAGGCGCAAGUUAGGAGUCAUCUUGGAGGCGGCCAACCAGAGUCUGCAGGUUGAAGAGCAACAGGCCAAGUGGAGCGUGGAGACCAUCUUCAACAAGGACCUGCUGGCCACCUUGCAUCUCCUGGUGGCCCUGGCCAAACGCUUCCAGCCGGACUUGCCCCUUCCAGACAAUGUCCAGGUGGAAGUCAUCCACAUUGAGAGCACUAAGACCGGCCUAAAAUCUGACAAGCUGGUGGAGCAGCUCACAGGACGCCGCUCACACAAGGACCAGCCUUCACAGGACGCCUUUGAUGAAUUAUUUAAAUUGGCUCCGGAGAAAGUGCAUGCCGUCAAAGAGGCCAUCGUGAGCUUUGUCAACGAGAAGUUGGAGCGCCUGGGCCUAUCUGUGCAGAGUCUGGACACCCAGUUUGCAGACGGCGUCAUCCUCCUGCUGCUGAUCGGACAGCUGGAAGGCUUCUUCUUGCAUCUGAAAGAAUUCUAUCUCACUCCCAGCUCUCCCACGGAAAUGCUUCACAAUGUCACUCUAGCCCUGGAGCUGCUGAAGGAUGAAGGUCUGCUUAGCCACCCUGUCAACCCUGAAGAUAUUGUGAACAAGGAUGCCAAGAGCACACUGAGGAUACUCUACAGCCUAUUCCAGAAACAUGGGCUGAGGGCAGAGGGCAACAGGGCACCCUAUGGUACCCCAAACUAGUCACCUCUGCCUCCCCAAGCCAUGUCUCAGGACCUACCACUCCUGGAGGAGCCAGAAGUCCCAGCUCCUCCCAUCCCAGCCUUGGUACUGUGGUUUGGUGACGCGCUUCCCUCCCACACCUGUCCUGCUUACAUGUACACCUGGGCUGAUACCUUUGACCCCACCGGAUGGGGAUCUGUUCUGAGCCCCACCUCUGCUUUGCUCGAUCUGUUUUUGACAGCUGUAUGAAUUGAAUUUCUGUUGAGGAGGGCACUCUGGGUGCCUGUGGAGUUCUGGGUGAGCCUUUAACUGUGGUGGAAAGACUUUGGUUCCCAGGCUAGACCAGCCCUCGACAGCUCCCAGUGUGUCGUCUAAGGCUAUACCUGGACAGUUAGUGGCUGCCCAGUCUCCCACAAAGCUGACUUUCCCCAGCCAGAGGCUCAGUGCACUCUGUCCCUGGCUGUCUACCUCCCACCUGGCCCAGGGUCGUCACCCAAAGACCAGAGCCCUUUGAGGGGGAAGUGAAUUCAGUUUCUUGUCAAAAGACCUUGACCAGACUAUCCCAGCAGUUGCAAUCCUGAGCACUGCCCCGAGCCCCAGGAAAGAGAACCUGUAGUUGGUUCGUGGGUUCAGGCUGUCCCUGGUCAUCUUUGGGGAGCCAUGGGCAUUCUGUCCUAUGAGACUUCAUGUCUCCUGCAGAGAGAAACAGCUUCAGGAACUGAGCUGGGUCCAUUUGGGCUGGAGGAGAAGCUAUUGGGGGGAGAUGCAGUGCAUGGGGUGCAGGAUUGCAAACACAUAGGGGUGCAGGGAU